UGAUGGUGGGUGGGUGUCGUGUAUUUUUAGGUUAAGAAAUAGAAAUAUGAUUUUAUAAAAUAUAUAACAAAACUUGACCAAAAAUGGAAUUUCCUUAUAUAAUGGAAUACGCACUGAUUACAAUACCUGCAAUAUUGUGUACAUUAUUACUAUUAAAACUUCUUUGUAAUUUGCGGUCAACGCUGCCUUGGAGAGUAAACUGUUGGUUCUGUAAUAGAAACUUUUGGGUAAAGUACAACGACCGUAAUAGUUGGACUUGUCCAAAAUGCGAUCAGUACAAUGGUUUUACAAAGGACGGUGACUACAAUAAAGUCUUAAGUACAUCAAGUGAAUAUGUUUCUAAAAGCCCGAAAUUUUUCCAAAGGAGCCCGCCUAAAAAUGGCCUCUGUAAAAUGUGUAAUAUAAACCAACAGCUCAAGGUGACACAACUUGCAAAUUUUGUUCCUAUGAAUGAAAAUAGAUAUGAUGAUGAAAUUGAUAUGUACAGAACACAAUUGGAAAAAGCUUACAAAUUAUGUAGCUCUUGCAAAAAAGUACUGCAAAUGAAAUUACAUAAAGAAAAAGAAACCCUUUUGGGUUCUAAACUUUUAGAAAAAAGGACGUUAGAAAAAAGUAAUGUUAAAGAAUUGAAGCAAAAUGUAUUAAUUAAAAAUGUAAUCAAUGCAACAUCUAGAUUAAUAGCAGGAAUACUUGUAAUUUUGGUAGUGAUUGAAUGCUACGAAAAUGCUUUGAAACAUAGGAAGUUAUCGAAUACAGUAUAUAAUAUAAAAGUUAUAUUUGACAGUUUCAUAGAAAGAAUUAUUUCUAUUGUUAAAAUGAAGACAUUACUCAUAUUCCCAUCUUUAGAGAAUCAAUUUAUUGACAUAAUGAAUGUCAUAGAUAAAGACAUAUUUACAAGCUUUAACUCUGGACUAAAUGAUUUGACACAAAAAUCUUUAGGGAGCUUUGUGUGUUUUAUACAGAUUAUUGGACAUUUUUGGAAUAUUAACAAGACAAAAUAUAGCAUAAUUAUUGACCUUUUGUGGUCCAUAUUUGUAGUAACUUCCAUAGGGCAUGUAUAUAUAACUAAAGAUCCAGUCAUAAUGAGCUUAAUAAAAUUAUCAAGCACUCUGGCAGUGUUGCUUGUAUAUAGAAACUUAAACAAUAAGACUGUUAAAAUGAUUACAAGAAAAAAUAUCACACCAAAGAAACUGAAGAAUUUAGCAAAUGGUUCUCCAAAAAAGUUUAUUGAUGAAGAAGAUAAUAUUUCUUUGGAUACUGACGAUGAUGUAUCACUCUGUAAAUUUGGUUUAAAUAACUUCACAGAAUCCUCUAAUGAAACUACUAGUCCGUUAAACAACAGUCUGAUCAAUGGCAGGUCAUUUACACCAAGAAAUGACAUAAUUUGGAGCAAACCUAAAUUAAAUUCAACAUUUUGUGUAAACUCUGUAAUGUCAAACAGUCCAAACCCACUUUCAGAUUCUGUUUUCAUAAAACCGUCAUUCAAUAAAUAUCAAAAGAAUAUGAAAGAUGAUUCAGAUUCCGAUUUAGAUGAAAGUAUAAGUUCCUUGUGUAUAAGUAGUCCUAAAAAGAAGAGUUCCAAAAUGAAUCCAGUGUUUGCCUUGCGUAAAUUCACUGCAUCACCUAAUUUCGUAGCUCCUACUCCCUUAAACCGUGCUCGACCUCUAAUAUCCCCUAGUAAACUAGGCCACGGCACUUCCUGGGUCGCCGGUGGAUAUUGGGGAGCCGAAGGCGAGCGACAGAUAUUCAAUGUUAAUGGUAGUCGCUCGUCUAGUCAGAGUUCCGGGUUUGAGUCGCAAGCAUCGAGCAUGAAUCAACGUAACCUCUUCUCCCAUCCUCCAUCACGCGAAGAAUCGAUUUGUGGGGAACCGGAAAAAUCGACGUUACUUCUCGACCGUUUCCAGAAUUGUAACGUGAAUCAUUUCAACACCCAUCCACCCCCGAGUUUUACGCCAAUAAGUACACCAGUAUUUCCUCAAUUGCAAUAUAAUAGUCACGUUCAAAUACCUCAACCAAGAUUUGCUCAGCAGACUUUUGUAUCGCAGAAUGUCUUUACGCAGCAGCAUUAUGUACCAAACAGUAUGUUUAAAGCCCCUGGUGGGUCUAGACUGAUCAAAUUGCCUCAAGACAAUUCUUUCACGUCUCGUUAACGCUCAACUGCUAGUCAGAUUGACGUAGCCGUUCUCAUUGACUAACGACUUUUAUGCUUUUAUUUUUAUUCUUCGAUGGUUUUUACUAAAAUUUCAUAAACUGCCAUUAUGUUAAGAAAUCUUGUUAAGUUAUAUCACAUGCAUUAGUUUUUAAGUGGUUAUUAGUUGUAAUUAUUGAGUGAAGUUAGUUGUAAGUCCAUUUGCUGAUCUCGUGUUGGUGCCAGGUGACGGCGAUAUGAAAGCAUUAAGAAUUAUUGUAUUGUUACAAUUUUUAUAUGGACGUCACUGUCCUGUCUCGAACAAAAUGUGAUAUUAAAAGACUAGUAAUUUUUGCAAAAAGUGAAAAAAAAAAUGAUUCUUGAUGUUAUCAUUGUUUUGAUUUUGUCAUCUUAUAGUGAAAACUUUUUGUGAAGCUCCUGAAAUAAAAA